UCGACAUCUCCGGAGGCAAAAACCUUUGCGUUCAUCACUGAACCCUCGCUGCCCGGCGAUGUUCUCCCCCGCGGCGAGGAAGCCGCAUCUCGCCGGCGUCACCUCUCAGAAGGGACGGAACCAGCAGGACUCCCCGUCUACCCCGAUCGAAGAUGCCCGCCAUUCCCUCAUCGCCCCCUCCGUCCCCGGCCGACCGUUAACCGGCACGCCCGCACCCUGGUCCUCUCGCCUCUCCGUACUCGCCAGGUUGGUUGACAAUCACAUAAGAUCCUCCAGGAUUACGAGUACUGAAAUCUUGAGAUUUGAUUUCAAGAACCUUUUUUCAAGUGACAAUUACUGAUUGGUUGGACAUCGACUCACUGCAAGAUUUCAAAGUGUAAAAGAAGCAAAUAGGACAGAUACAUCCAAACAAAUUGAACCAGUUUAUGUGGGAGAAUUUCCUCAGGUUGUACGUAAUGCACAAGCCCAUGUUCUGCAAAAGGGUUUCGAUAACAGCUGUCUUGCUGGUGGUAUUGAUAAAGGAACAUCUCUUUCCUGGAUGAUAUGCGGCACCCAACUCUUUAUAUGGAGCUAUUUGUCUGAUGCUGCUGUUCCCAAAAAUUGUAUUGUGCUUAAGAUCCCAUCUACAGUCGCAGAUAUGAACUUCAAUGUCAUGGAUAAACCUGGUAGAAGUUGGUUGGUUUGUGUUGUCAAUUGGGACAUUUCAUCCAGAAAAUUAUUUGAGCAGUGUAAUUCUGCUGGUAUCAUCCUUUAUAACAGACAAACUGGAGCCUUGGCAUACUGGUCUGACAUCUACUCUGAAAGUUCGCAUUCUCCAAUGGUUAGCUUAGCUACUCAACCAUUAGAAGAGAGUGAUAGAUCAAUGGGACUAGAAAGAUUUAACUCCAUCAUUGCUACUGCAAUACCUGGUAAUUCUCAAGAAUGUCUUGCUCUAGCUUGUCAAGCAACAGGAGGUUUAUGGCUGUUCAAAUUUUCACUAUCUGGAAUCCACCAGGAAAUGAUUUCAUUAAAUAUUUUAAACAGUAAUUUUAAUAGCUCUCCUGUAAAUGCCAGGUCUUUAGUCUGGGAUCCACAACAUGCUUUCUCAGGUGAAUCAGGUCUACGGUUCUUUGUGUUGACAGACCAUGAGAUUCAAUAUUGGAAUAUUGUUCUCGCACCUAGCAUAAAUGUUCAAAAGAUAUGGAGUCAUGAAAUUGUUGGUAAUGAUAGUCAGUUGGGUAUUAAAAAGGAUCUAGCAGGACAAAAGCAGAUUUGGCUUCUGGAUAUGCAAUUAGAUGACCGUGGGAAAGAAUUUACAAUUCUUGUUGCUACUUCUUGUAAAGAUCGAGUAAGCAGCUCAAAUUAUAUACAGUAUUCUCUUCUAUUAAUGCAAUAUAGCCUGGGUUUCUCUAUAAAGAACAGCUCGUUUACAAAUGAGAGAAUUCUAGAGAAGAAAGCUCUCCAAGUGGUAAUUCCUAAAGCACGAGUUGAGGACGAGGCAUAUCUAUUUUCUACAAGGAUACGUGUUGGUGGCAAACCAUCUGGUUCUGUGGUAAUAUUAGCUGGAGAUGGAACUGCAACUGUUACCAGUUAUUGGAGAGGAUCCACUCGGCUGUUCCAGUUCGAUUUACCCUAUGAUGGUGGGAAAGUUCUUGACGCUUCUGUUUUUCCAUCUGGAGAGGACAAUGAUGAAGGGGCAUGGAUUGUCUUAACUGAAAAGGCAGGAGUUUGGGCAAUACCUGAAAAGGCUAUUCUACUUGGCGCCGUUGAUCCUCCGGAACGAAGUUUAUCUCGGAAGGGGAGUUCUAAUGAAAGGGUUGUAGAUGAAGAAAAAAGAAGCCAGGGAACCAGAGGCAACACCGUCGCUAAAAAGCAUAGUUAUGAAGGGUGGGGUCCCAGUGAUAGACAACAAGCGGCUUUAGUUGCAAAAACUGCUCAGGAUGAAGAAGCUGAAGCACUACUAGGUCGUCUUUUUCAUGAAUUUCUUUCAUCUGGUGAAGUUGAAGACAUACUUGACAAUCUCAGAGAAAAAGGAGCAUUUUUAAAAGAAGAUGAAACAAAUGUUUUUACUCGCAUAAGCAAAUCUAUUAUUGAUACAUUAGCUAAACACUGGACAACAACCCGAGGAGCUGAAUUUGUGGCUUCAUCUGUUGUGUCAUCACUUCUUUUGGAUAAGCAGCAGAAGCAUCAGAAGUAUCUCCAUUUUCUCACUUUGACCAAGUGUCAUCAAGAACUAUCUAGUAAGCAGAGAUCUUCAACGCUAAUUAUUAUGGAACAUGGUGAAAAGCUUUUUAGUAUGAUUCAAUUAAGGGAAUUACAAAAUAUUCUUGGUCAGAGUCGAAAACACUUGUAUGAUUCACCAUCCCAUGUAGAAGCAUCUGGUUCUCUUUGGACUCUGAUUCAGUUAGUUGGUGAGAAAGCACGAAGGAAUACUGUUCUUCUUAUGGAUCGUGAUAAUAUGGAAGUAUUUUACACUAAAAUAUCUGAUAUAGAAGAGCUAUUUUAUUGCUUAUCUCAACAUGUUGAGUACAUAGUGGGUAGAGAUCAACCAUUCAGUAUACAGGUGCAACGUGCUUGUGAAGUAUCGAAUGCCUGCACAACUUUGAUUCAUGCUGCUAUGCACUACAGAGACGAGCACAAAAACUGGUAUCCUUCUCUUGAAGGAUUAACACCCUGGAACUGCCAGCAUGUAGUUCGGUCAGGCCUCUGGAAAAUAGCAUAUUCUAUUAUGCAGCUCCUAAAAGAGGUGGAAGCUAUUGAUAUGCCUGUGGUGUCAGAAAUGUGGUCCCAGUUAGAAAGACUCACUGAUGUAUUGUUGGAGUCUUAUAUCAGUGCAAUUACGGCUAAAAUUGAACUUGGAGAAGAACACCAAUCUCUAAUAGUUGAGUACUGUAGCAGGAGAGAUGAGCUUCUUGCUUGUCUCUAUGAGCUAGCUAAAAGAUUAACCCAAUUGAAGUGUCUGGAGACACACAUAGGCGUUGAUGAUCUUGACAGAAAGGAAGCCAUAUUUAGAGAAGUCACUGAACCUCUACUCUUGAUUGCAAAGAGACAUGAAGCUUACCAAACAUUGUGGCAACUAUGUUAUGACCUUAGUGAUACCAGACUUCUCCGGAGCCUUAUGCAUGAGAGUGUUGGGCCAAAAGGAGGGUUCAGCUAUUUUGUCUUUAAGCAGCUGCUGACAAGCCAACAGUUCUCUAAGCUUUUGAGGCUCGGAGAAGAAUUCCAAGAUGAGUUAACUAUUUUUUUGAAGGAACAUAAGGAUCUACUGUGGCUGCAUGAGAUAUUUCUGAACCAAUUUUCAGCAGCUUCAGAAACUCUUCAUGCGGUUGCUCUAUCCCCAGAUGAUAGUUUGCACCCAACAGCUGAAGAAUCACCAACUGAAACAAAGAGGUUCCUGUCACUUGCUGACAGAAGACGUCUACUUAAUCUUUCCAAAAUUGCUGCAGCUGCAGGGAAGGAUAUGUAUUUUGAGAUGAAGGCCAGACGGAUAGAGGCUGAUUUGCAAAUUUUAAAAUUGCAGGAAGAAAUCAUUAGCUAUUUAUCAGAUGGUGUAGAUGUAAAUGACGUCGAUAGGCCUCUUCUUCCUGGAGAACUGAUCGAAAUUUGUUUAAAAGAAGGGAGUAAAGAACUAUGUUUAAAAGCGUUUGACGUUUUUGCUUGGACAAGUUCAUCAUUUCGAAACUCCAACAAAAGCCUUUUGGAGAAAUGUUGGCGGGCUGCCGUGGACCAAGAAAACUGGACUCUUAUUCUGGCAUCAACUGUCGGUUGUAGUGAUGAAGUUACCAUGGAGUCACUGAGAGAAACAGUGCUAUACAAAGCUUCGCAGAGAUGUUAUGGACCUGAAUCACUGAUUUAUGGUGGUAGUUUUGACGAAGUACUGCCUUUGCAGAAAGUGGAUUCAGAAUCGCCAAAUUUUGGGGACUCUUCUUUGUCAGUGGAAGACAUUCUCAAACAGCACAAAGACUUUCCUGAUGCAGGCAAAUUGAUGCUGAAUGCUGUCCUGCUUGCUGUGAUUGAAGACAAUGUGAUAGUCGAAGAGGAUAUCGUUAUGGAAUCUAGAUGAAACCCAACACAUUAUCAUUGUCAUCCGUGAGUCAGAGUCAUCACGUAAUUUAGAUGGAACCUGAUGCCUUUCAUGGAGUCCCAUGCACACUAUCUUUGCAGUUGGACUGACGAGACCAACAUUUUCUUCGUAAAGUGUCAUUUCUUGUUCGCUGAGAAAUACUUCAUCUGGAUCUUAUGCCCCUACUGGCACUGUUAAUUCCCGAGAGAUCUAAUGUUCCUCUAGCUCGCAAUUCGCCAAUUACCCGAAUGUUUCUCGUGUACUAUGAGAAUGAGCAUAUCAGUGCAUGUAAUGGUUGGUUGUCAGUGUACUUCUGUUGCUUGCUCUUUUGCAUCAGAUUUCCUCAUGCAAUUCUGCCUAUAUUUGUGUGAUAACUGUGGGCUCUUACAAUUUUCCAUUAGACUCUCCAGACUGCAUUGCAGCAUUGUGCUUCAUCCUGACUUUGUUUAGUUUUUGUACGAUAAAAUUUGAAUAUGAAAGUUGUGCUUCUUGUUCGAAA